GUACUAAUUGUUUUCCAUCUCACGUUGUUUUCGUCUUGACCUGUUUGGCCCAAGGUUACUUUACCAUUUAACGAAGGUAUUAAAGUUGUAAUGAUUUAUAUACGGAACGAGCUUGACAGUACGAAAGACUUGAGCAGACGGAAGCGCAAAAACCCAAGGAAUACGUCCACAACGUCAGGCUCCCAUGGGGAAUGGAGUCGCAACUAAUUUCACAGUUUAUGUCAAACACAAGCAGCGAUACAGAAACAGCAAUAACCUGCUUGCAAGCCAGUGGCUGGGAUUUGAAAAAUGCUAUUGAGCUCUUUCUGGAAAAUGGGGGCAAUGUUAGAACUACUUGGGAAGAAAAUGGCAACAUCCGACCAACACUCCGCAAAACUCCUGCUGUUGAUUUAGCUGACUUGAAGAAACUUUCAAGAGGAAUCUCAAGAGCAACAGACAAUGUGAAGUUGGUCUCGCGUGCUCGCUCAGAUAUUGCUCACGAGUUUGGAGAUACUGCAGUUUGCAACGUUAAUCAGUUUUUCAUCGAGACACCUGUAUGCACUUUCACUUUGCCGGAUUUGACAGUGUAUCCUGAAGAUUUCCGUACAUUUUUGGAAAAGGAUCUGAUUGAAACAUCAACCCUACAGUCUUUGGAAUCUGCUGGUAGACUUAAUUGGUGGGUUGAGCUUGGAGCAUGUCAGUCUCUGUGGCCACUUGCUACGUCUGGAGAUGGAAAUUGUUUGUUGCAUGCUGCAUCACUUGGAAUGUGGGGCUUCCACGAUAGACUGCUGACUCUGCGACGUGCUCUUCAUGGUUUCUUAUCGGGUUCUCCAUGCCGUGAAGCUUUGUAUCGACGCUGGCGAUGGCAACAGACACGUGCUAAUCUAGCUGCAGGUCUUGUAUAUACUGAGGAGGAAUGGCAACGUGAAUGGGACAGCAUAAUCAGCAUGGCUUCAACUCAGCCACGGAAGUCAAUGAAUCGCAGACGCAGUUCCAUUCUUAUGGAGCGUUCCCUGGAGGAGAUACCAGAAAAUGCAACGUAUGAGAGCCUUGAAGAAGUUCACGUACUUGCAUUAGCACACGUGCUGCGGAGACCUAUAGUUGUCAUUGCAGAUGUGAUGCUGAAGGAUAUGAAUGGAGAGGAUCUUGCCCCAAUCCCAUUUGGAGGGGUCUACCUACCGCUGGAGUGCCCUCCAGCGGAUUGCCAUCGUUCCCCUCUCGUACUGGCAUAUGACUCUGCUCAUUUUUCAGCUCUAGUUGUGAUGGAACGAAAUUCAGAUGUCGUUCAACCACCAGCUGCUGUGCCUCUGAUAAGUUCUGACAGACAGCUUCUUCCUAUACAAUUUGCUGUGGAUCCUGGUGAGCAGCUGGUAUGGGGUCGUGAUGAGUCCCAACCCCAUUUGGUACGAAAACUCAGUCUUGCUCCAAGAGACCAACUCGGUCUUUUGGCAGAAUAUUUGGAUGUGAGAGAACUUCCUCCAGGUCCUGAUUCACCACCAGAAUCCACCGAUGAUGGCUGCGACAUUGAGAAAAGGUUUUCUGAGGUGGCUUCUGACAGUGAUCCCAGUGAUGAAGGUGUGGCCUUUGGAGGGAAAGCAGCGAGGCAGUUCCAGACAGCAGUAGCAAAACAGUUUGGCAGCCUUAGCCGUCGACUGAGAAAGAACUUUGGAUCACUUACGAGAGCAUCUAAAGUCAAUGCCCAAAAGAAAGACACCCCACUUAAUAAUCAGCAACAGGAGCGUGUAAUAUGUGCCCUUUUGCACACAGAAAAGAGGCAUGCUUACCAAGCAGAAAUGAUACGCAACUACUUGGCUUGUGCUCGUGCCCGAUUUGAGCUCCAGCAACAGAAGCAGUUACAACCUCGGCAGUCUUUUCAGUCUGAGGCUCAUCCUGGUUCUACGGCCGCUACUUUCACUUCUGCACCAAAUACAGGAGUAAUGUAUGGGGCUGGACGCUCCCGCUUCUAUGCAACUGAAAUGAUGCGUCCCUCAGUUGAGACUCUUCCUCAUCAAAAGGCACCUGGUGCUUGUGCGAAUGGACGUACUCUGUUCCUUGCCAAAUCGACAUUUUAUGAUGAUGAGGCAUCACAUUCUUAUGUUGCACCAUCGGAAAUAGUCAGUGGGAGACACACACAUGUGGCAACACUGACUUCUCCACAACUUCCGAAAGCCGGCCACGGAGUGGAACUGCCACAUGUUGAAAAAGCUGGCACUCCGUGUAGAAAUAAUCACUGCCAUUUCUAUGGCUCGCCAGACUCUGACCACUAUUGCUCACGAUGCUAUCGUGAGAACACAGUAACUGGUGUGAAUACAGCAGCAGUGCGCAGUCUGCAAGUACAGGAAGUCAAUCGAUAGUGCACCAUACUCACUUUUGUUCCUUUGCAUCCCUAAAAGGGACUACAACUAUGUGUAGCUGUACUGUAAAUAAUGUUAAUGAGCUUUAAUGAUGGUCAAUAUUCUCUGAGAAAUUGCUGCAUACCAUUUCGUAGAUAGCAUAUUUUUAAACAUCUAUUUUCAUAUCAUCGGAACUAUAGGCAUUUAGCAUUACAUUUGCACUUGCAUAACUUUGAUUGUAGCCAAAGUUGUGUGCCAGAAGUUACGUAAGAUUAAUACAUAGUUGUUGUCAGUGGCAGAUAUGGAGCCUGUCCAUGUUACUGAAGCACCUGCAGGUUUCAAAUGAGUACUGCAAUCUUGUGAUUGGUGUGUUUAUUCAAGCAUCAUCUCAGAAACCAAUUUUUGUUAUGAUGUUGACCGUAACAUCACUUUGUAAUGGCCUUAGACAGAUUUAUACUGGUAUCAUGUGCUAUGCAUAACUUGAUACUGUAUAUUGAAAGUGAAUAUGAAAGUAUUUGUGUGUUCAGAUAAUUUUCAUUUCGUGUAUCUGUUGUUGUAUGGUAUAUAAAAGUAACAUGUCUUGGUACUCUGAGUCAGAAUGGGUAACUUCCUAAUCAACUUUUACAGUGCAGUUAUUUAGUAUCUCUCUUUUGUUUAAGGAGUUUGUAUGAAGUUGCAACUGUAAUACACUUCUUUGUAACUUGUAGCAGAUGGAAAAACUGUGCAGUGUUGUGCACUCACAUGAUUUACAUAUUCAUUAUGGUUGUUGGAAGAAUUGUCCAUCACUGGGCAAAUAUAAUAUGGAUCAAAGGUAGUGUGGCAAGUUUAGUGGCCCAGAAAGUACUCCAAAGCUAUUUUUAAAAAGAAACUAUUUAAAAAAAGCUUGUCUCUUGAUUAACCCUUAAGGCAUCUACCUACCUUAUAGCAACUUAACAGGGUAUUGUUAUGCUCUUUAACCUAAAAUAUAUUUUAAGAAGACAUGUGCCUGGAGAGCUUCUUAUUGUGAUAAAAUAGGUUAUUUUGAAUAUCCAUAUACACAGUUUUGUUCCUUUUAAAUCUUGUUUGAAUAUUAGAACAUUAGGAUAAAUGUUAGCAUUUGUACCUGAGUGGUGUUUACACCUGCCACAUGUCAGGUGAUAUAAAUUUUUCUUAUUUUUAUUGUAAAGGACCAUUCAGUCCUUUGUGCUGUUCCAAGCAAGGAAAAUUUGAAUGUUUUAGUGACGUAGUCAUAAUUUUUAUUAUAAAUUUUCAUUCACUGGUAGUAUCAGGCUUUUAAAUGUUGCUUAUAAAGCUUGAUUUUGUGUUGUUGAACUUUUUAGUUAUUCUGAAUGGUAAAGAAAUAUGCAGUAAGUGGCAAUCAUACUGCUUUUGUUAUCUAAGUAGUGAAGAACAUUAGAUUAGCAUUAGUACAAUGUCAGAUGCUCUGGGUAUUUUUACAAGUGUUUUAAUACUUUUCUACUUAAUGUUUAGCUGUAAAAAAAUUUUUGAUUUUAUAUUUGUAAUGUAUGUAAUGAAACAUGUGAAUUUAAUCUGUGAUAAGACAAUGAGCAUUACACAAUAAGCUUUUAAAAUGUUGCAUGUAAUUAAGUAUUAAUAGGAACUUCAACUUGAGGGUAUUGUUCUUGCCAUUGGACAUUUGCUUGAAAAUGAACCAAUCUGUUUUUGUAUUGUGUAACUGUCUUCCAGUUUUAAAUAUUGAAAACAAUUUGUUGUGUUUUACUUGGAGAAUGUAUUAUGAUGUGUUUACAACAAGUGUCCUGACAAUAUAAAUUCCAAAACUGACCAUAGCCAUAGCUAAAGAUAUGAGAUCUCCUCAGCACACAACUGGAAUUAGUAUUAAGAUGAUCUCAAAAGAGAAUUACACACACAGUUUAAGAUUUAAGAGACUAUUAAAAGUAGUUGCUGUUAAUUUUUAUAGUGUGCCCUGAUUAUAUAUCAUGCUAACAGUUUCUUAAGGGCUAUAUUGAGAAGUGUAAUUUCUGGAAGACAACUGCAACAGAUACCAUUCAAUCAUGAAUGUUCCAAUUGUAUGUGUAGCACUGAUUUAUUGGAAUGGCCAAGGAAUUUUGAAGAAUGUGGGCAGCAGAAAUGGGACUGAAAUGAGGUGUACCCCUUAGCAAUAACUGGCUGUGGCAGCUGAGGAUGCUGUAGUCGUUUUCUUUUCUUCCCUGUAGAAUUCCCUCUGAUCAAUUUCAAAUAUCAGAUGUUGUGCAAUUGUGUACUUUCUAUACACCUUAAGAAAGUUUUGGCCUCUAGGUAUUAAUUUUUCUUAUAGGUUUUGAUGGAAUUUAAUUCAAAUUUGAUCCUGGCUUGUGUAUGAUUCUACAAAUUCCUGAAGUUAUUGUGGGCUUUUUCUCCACUUCUUGUGUCAUUUAUUAAGUGUUCUUUCUUUGUUGUUUAGCUUUCUUCAAAAGGAGAUGUCCAGCCCUCUUUUCCGAUUGUGUAUGAAGUGUUUCUUUCUCUUUGGGGAAAGCAGAGAAACAGCUUCAGAAAGUGUGGUUAUGUGUAGGCAAAGAGUGGACCUGGGGAGGGAUGAUGUUUGUGCUUUCAGUCAAUGAAUAGAGUGCUGUUUUAUGCAGAGAUGAUACAAUAAUCUUAGGUGUUAUAGAAACAUUUAAUGUAACUUCAACAUGCACAUAUUAAUGUAGUUUCAGCAUGUUUAUAUUCAUACCAGUAAUAGAUGUCUCAGCUGCAAUUUAUUACCAGUACGUGAGCAAGCUUGAUUGACAUUACUUCUAAAUCAGUUAUCAUUAACAGUAAUACAAGUUAUAUAACUCGAGUGCCUUCAUCUAUUUUUCUGACAGUUGCUUUUUUAAGUUUGAAAAACUUUUGGACAGUAAGUCAUUGUUAAUUUAUACUAUGGAUAGUAGAUAAUUAAGUGGUUGUGAAGCAUUGUGCAAUUUAAUGUAUCAGCUUCAUGCAAGUUCCUGUGAAAGGCUGAUUUAUUUCAGACAGGAAGAAAUGUUUCUUUAAGAACUCUGUUCUGUGAUUCUUGAUAUGUAUUUCACUGAAUGCAGUAAUCAGUGAGUUCUCAAACUAGAAAAUGUGUUCUGUAUUUGGAAUUCCGAGCCAUAUAUAAGUUUUCUAUUUCACUUGCUAUAGAGAUACACAACUUUAAUCCUGGUGUGUGUGUGUGUGUGUGUGUGUGUGUGUGUGUGUGUGUGUGUGUGUGGUUUUUUCCUAGCUCCAUCCCAUUACUUGUUAACAAACCACCUUACAUGGAACACUCCUACUCAUUAUCAAGACAGUUAAUAAAUUUAUUUUUUGGAAUGAUAUACAGAAUUCUCAUUGAGUGCUUCCCACAUUUAUUUCACAAUUGAUGAUUGGAGGAUUGUCAGUGUGCAUUGUCCAAUCUUUUUGAUCCAUCAUGGAACAGAAACCACUGUCAGCAGUUUCUUUAUUGUCCAUGGUCAUCUUUACCUUGAACUAGUAUGGCUAGUGACAUGGUUUUCUGAAUAAGUAUAGGUUUGGUAUUAGUUUUAUAUAGCUGCCCUUCUGAUUCUUUUUUAUCCUUGUUGUUGUUGUUGUUGUUGUGGUCUUCAGUCCUGAGACUGGUUUGAUGCAGCUCUCCAUGCUACUCUAUCCUUUGCAAGCUUUUUCAUCUCCCAGUACCUACUGUAACCUACAUCCUUCUGAAUCUGCUUAGUGUAUUCAUCUCUUGGUCUCCCCCUACGAUUUUUACCCUCCACGCUGCCCUCCAAUACUAAAUUGGUGAUCCCUUGAUGCCUCAGAACAUGUCCUACCAACCGAUCCCUUCUUCUGGUCAAGUUGUGCCACAAACUUCUCUUCUCCCCAAUCCUAUUCAAUACCUCCUCAUUAGUUAUGUGAUCUACCCAUCUAAUCUUCAGCAUUCUUCUGUAGCACCACAUUACGAAAGCUUCUAUUCUCUUCUUGUCCAUACUAGUUAUCGUCCAUGUUUCACUUCCAUACAUGGCUACACUCCAUACAAAUACUUUCAGAAACGACUUCCUGACACUUAAAUCUAUACUCGAUGUUAACAAAUUUCUCUUCUUCAGAAACGAUUUCCUUGCCAUUGCCAGUCUACAUUUUAUAUCCUCUCUACUUCGACCAUCAUCAGUUAUUUUACUCCCUAAAUAGCAAAACUCCUUUACUACUUUAAGUGUCUCAUUUCCUAAUCUAAUUCCCUCAGCAUCACCCGAUUUAAUUUGACUACAUUCCAUUAUCCUCGUUUUGCUUUUGUCGAUGUUCAUCUUAUAUCCUCCUUUCAAGACACUGUCCAUUCCGUUCAACUGCUCUUCCAAGUCCUUUGCUGUCUCUGACAGAAUUACAAUGUCAUUGGCGAACCUCAAAGUUUUUACUUCUUCUCCAUGAAUUUUAAUACCUACUCCCAAUUUUUCUUUUGUUUCCUUUACUGCUUGCUCAAUAUACAGAUUGAACAACAUCGGGGAGAGGCUACAACCCUGUCUUACUCCCUUCCCAACCACUGCUUCCCUUUCAUGUCCCUCGACUCUUAUAACUGCCAUCUGGUUUCUGUACAAAUUGUAAAUAGCCUUUCGCUCCCUGUAUUUUACCCCUGCCACCUUUAGAAUUUGAAAGAGAGUAUUCCAGUCAACAUUGUCAAAAGCUUUCUCUAAGUCUACAAAUGCUAGAAACGUAGGUUUGCCUUUCCUUAAUCUUUCUUCUAAGAUAAGUCGUAAUGUCAGUAUUGCCUCACGUGUUCCAGUGUUUCUACGGAAUGCAAACUGAUCUUCCCCGAGGUUGGCUUCUACUAGUUUUUCCAUUCGUCUGUAAAGAAUUCGUGUUAAUAUUUUGCAGCUGUGACUUAUUAAGCUGAUAGUUCGGUAAUUUUCACAUCUGUCAACACCUGCUUUCUUUGGGAUUGGAAUUAUUAUAUUCUUCUUGAAGUCAGAGGGUAUUUCGCCUGUUUCAUACAUCUUGCUCACCAGAUGAUAGAGUUUUGUCAGGACUGGCUCUCCCACGGCCGUCAGUAGUUCCAAUGGAAUAUUGUCUACUCCGGGGGCCUUGUUUCGACUCAGGUCUUUCAGUGCUCUGUCAAACUCUUCACGCAGUAUCGUAUCUCCCAUUUCAUCUUCAUCUACAUCCUCUUCCAUUUCCAUAAUAUUGUCCUCAAGUACAUCGCCCUUGUAUAGACCCUCUAUAUACUCCUUCCACCUUUCUGCUUUCCCUUCUUUGCUUAGAACUGGGUUUCCAUCUGAGCUCUUGAUAUUCAUACAAGUCGUUCUCUUAUCUCCGAAGGUCUCUUUAAUUUUCCUGUAGGCGGUAUCUAUCUUACCCCUAGUGAGAUAGGCCUCUACAUCCUUACAUUUGUCCUCUAGGCAUCCCUGCUUAGCCAUUUUGCACUUCCUGUCGAUCUCAUUUUUGAGACGUUUGUAUUCCUUUUUGCCUGUUUCACUUACUGCAUUUUUAUAUUUUCUCCUUUCAUCAAUUAAAUUCAAUAUUUCUUCUGUUACCCAAGGAUUUCUACUAGCCCUCGUCUUUUUACCUACUUGAUCGUCUGCUGCCUUCACUACUUCAUCCCUCAAAGCUACCCAUUCUUCUUCUACUGUAUUUAUUUCCCCCAUUCCUGUCAAUUGCUCCCUUAUGCUCUCCCUGAAUCUCUGUACAACCUAUGGUUCUUUUAGUUUAUCCAGGUCCCAUCUCCUUAAAUUCCCACCUUUUUGCAGUUUCUUCAGUUUUAAUCUACAGGUCAUAACCAAUAGAUUGUGGUCAGAGUCCACAUCUGCCCCUGGAAAUGUCUUACAAUUUAAAACCUGGUCCCUAAAUCUCUGUCUUACCAUUAUAUAAUCUGUCUGAUACCUUUUAGUAUCUCCAGGGUUCUUCCAUGUAUACAACCUUCUUUCAUGAUUCUUAAAACAAGUGUUAGUUAUGAUUAUGUUGUGCUCUGUGCAAAAUUCUACCAGGCGGCUUCCUCUUUCAUUUCUGUCCCCCAAUCCAUAUUCACCUACUAUGUUUCCUUCUCUCCCUUUUCCUACUGAUGAAUUCCAGUCACCCAUGACUAUUAAAUUUUCGUCUCCCUUCACAAUCUGAAUAAUUUCUUUUAUCCUUGUUACUGAAUCUAAUAAUGCCUACUUAUGACAUUUGCCCCUCAGCCAAUCCAAGUAAAAUGUUUGUCUAUUCUGCAUGAAUAUUUUUACCAACACUACCAGUCUUUGUAUGCCACCAUCAGGGGGCAUAGUUUUAAAUCUUGGAAGGACUCUUUCGUCUAUCAGGGGAAUGUGGGGCUCAAACCAGACUCUCUUUAAGUUUCAUGGUUGAUGAUCUAGAAAUUGUGAGCCACAUAAGCUUUCCUUGUGGCCCAGAUAACAGUUUGUCUACUGAUACCUCUUUUACAAGUCUUAACUUUGUAGAGCAUUAGCCGAGACACUGAGAUUCUUGCUAGUGUGGCAGAAACUGUGCCGCACAGAACAACUAGGAAUAAAAACCUAAGGGGAAUUUCUGCACUACUGACUGAGUUGUAGCAAAGAGCAGUUGGCAUACUGAAGCUGUUACUCUGUAAUGGUUUAGCUCCUGAAGAACUGUCCUGAAAAGUUGUCAGUCUGGGUUUGAGUCAUAUGUGACACAUUGUUUUAAUCUGCCAAAAUGGUUAACAGUUUGAGGCACAAUCAUUUGCACCUGUAGUAAAUUUCUGUUUUCAUACCCAAGAAAAUUUAAGUUCAUGUGCCUUUUAUUGCAAUAAAGAACU